AGUAUUUUGUUAGCUUUUGUGCACUUCAAACGUCUUUGGAGUAGUUCGUAGUUCCGUGAAAAAAACUGCCCUGAAUCAUCUUCUUCCCUGGAUAAACCAUCCGCAGGCUGCCCGUGGAAUUUACCAUUAAUUGAAUUAAUGAAUCGAAUGGCAAUCGAUUGAUUGGGAAGUGUGUGAAGUGAUAUUGAGAGUAGGGAAGGGAGAGUGUGCUGGGUUGGGAUAAAGGAGUAAUGAGUAGAACAAGAGAGAUGUGAAUGUGCAGUGUUUAUCGUGUUUUUUAUUUUAUCAAAAAUUUGUACGACAACCAAAGAAGAGCAUCUUGCUAGACGCCAAGGGGUCCCUCCUUGUAUAACCAACUAAUUGUGAUUGUGAAUUGGGAGGAAAAGCAGCGACAGAUAGAAAUGGGAAAACUUCUAAGUCUCCUAGCUCGAGAUGAUUCGACGUGCUGCACAACAAAGUCUUAUGAUGUCUUCCUGGACUUUGAGAAUGCAGCUCCCACGGAGACAGAGAAGGAGGUUUACGAUGAGGUUGAGCGUGUAUUGAAGGAGAGUGAAGCCGUUCUGGAUGAAAUUCAGGUCUAUAAGGGAGCUGGAAAGGAGAUCCGUGAGGCGAUAGCUGAUCCAUCUCCACAGUGUCAGGAGAAAGCGUGGAACGCUGUCCUGCCGCUCGUGAUAAAGCUCAAGAGGUGCUACGAACAUUCUCUGGAGCUGGAGAGGAUUGUUCCGAAGUUGCUGGGUCAACUGGUGGGUGGUCGACUGAAUCCCACACAGCAUCUCGAGACACAACAGGCUCUUGUGAAGCAACUGGCAGAAAUUCUCGAGUUCGUCCUCAAGUUUGACGAGUACAAGAUGAAAACACCCGCGAUCCAGAACGAUUUCAGCUACUACAGACGUACUGUUAGUCGGCAGAGGAUCGAUAAUACUAGUCAGAUGCUCGUGAGCACGGAGUUAGCUAAUCGCAUGUCGCUGUUUUAUGCUCAUGCGACACCGAUGCUCAAGGUGCUCAGUGAGGCCACAUCGAAAUUUGUCCGGGACAAUGCAGAUGAUGUGGAUAAUACAACAGAGACACUGGGCACGAUGGCCAAAGUUUGCCUGAGGAUGCUUGAAAAUCCAAAACUCCUGUCACAGAUCGAACGGGAGGAGACGCAUCUGUUGGUGCUGCGAGUGAUGGUGGGCCUUGUGAUUCUCUAUGAUCACGUGCAUCCAGUUGGCGCCUUCGCACGUGGAGCGCAUGUUGAUGUCAAGGGAUGCGUACGGCUGCUCCAGGCUCAGCCGGCUAUCAAAGCUGAGCCCCUCCUAAACGCCCUCCGAUACACAACCAAGCACCUCAAUGAGGACAACACGCCCAAGAACAUCCGGAACCUACUGGCCGCCUAAGAUCUUCUUUCCUUCCUUCCUCAAUUAGUCAAUCGUUUGUCCCUCUUUGUAUGCAUCUUGGACUUUUUGUUUUCUUUCGCGAAUAGAAUGCGUUUUAGUGAAAAAAAAUUGAAAUAUUUUAAGGAAAACAUUAUAAUAAAGCUAAUGUGAGAGUUAAGAGCAAAGUGAAUUAAAUUAAAUUACCAAUUUUUAGAUAAUUGUGCAUUUGAGAGAGCAGUAAAAAUAAUUUUAAUAAUAAAAAAAUCCUACGAGAUGUGGAAGAAAAUUUGUUGAUAAUCUAUAAUUAAAUAUUGUAAGUUUUUUCUGUCUAUAUAAAAGAUAAAAAAAAUGAAAAUAAAUAUUUGAGAUAAAGAAAAAAAUCUCCCAGUGAGAUAUAAUGUUAACAGAAUGUCUUCAUUUUUUAUCCUAUGCCUCUCUUCCAUUUUAUUAAAGGAUGCAAAGAAUCGAGAGUAUUUUUUCGAAAAAUAAAAUUAUUUAAAACUAGCUAAAAAAAAAACCAAUGUAAAAGUGUAAGUUCGAAGAGAGAAAAUUAUGAAUAAUUAAGCUUAUUGUCACAUAAAAAUUGCAAAGUGAAAUUAUCUAAAAAUCACAAAUUAAUUGAGAAAAAUUUUUCAAGCUCAAAUUUAAAACUAGCAUUUCACUCUGCUGAUUUUUUUUACAGAGAGAAGAAAAAAGAAAUAAAGAAAAGGAGUUGUUUUUAUUUCUUAGAAUUUAGAACAAGUUUUUAUCACAAAUUUGACGAGUAUUCUGAUUUGUUUUUCGUGUGAACAUAAACAGACCAUCUUUAUAUACUAAAGAGAACCACUAAUGCAAAUAAAUUAAGUCAAUCUUUAAAGGA